ACUUGCAACUGCUUAUAUAAAGGACUAAAGAAGGUACACUUUCAAUGCCCAUUAGCAAUUAAGCCACGACUUUUACAUAUUUUCCAAACACUAAUUGAAGAAAACAUGCAGGUAGUUGUACUGAAACUGGAUGUUCAUUGUGAAAGAACAAAAAAAAAAGCUAUGUCAACUGUCUGUUGUCUCUCAGGAGUUAAUUCGGUGGACGUGAACGACGGUAAACUAACGGUGACAGGAGAGAUUGAUGCCUAUAUGAUUGUGAAGAAAUUGAAGAAGAUAUGUCAUACCGAGUUUAUCUCGGUUGGACCGGUUAAAGAACCAGAGAAAAAGAAGCCUGAUGAUCCAAAGAAGCCCGAAACGAAGCCACCAGAUGUGAUUUAUAAUUGUGUCCCUCCAUAUCCACCUUAUUACCAUCAUUUCAACGGAUGUUACAAUGAAGAUCCCUAUGCUUGCGUCAUCUCUUGAAAAACAUAUUUUGGUACACUCAUCAGUUUCGCCGUAGUCUUUGGUUUUGUUUUGUUCUGUUGUGAUUGUUUUAACUGUUCGAGUCCAGUCCAUUAUACACUAAACAAGACCAAGAUUACCACUCCCAGGCCCAGUAUAUCUCUUAAAAAAAAUUCUUGUUAAUAUAAGCAUGCAUUUAAAUUUA